CAGAGAGCAAGAGAGAGAAAGAGAGAGUGAGAGAGAGAAAGAGAGAAAAAGAGAGAGAGAGAUAGGAGGGGUCACAGAGGGCGACUAAGCUGAAGUGUGUGUGUGUGAGAGAGAGAGAAAGAGAGAGAGGGAGAGAGAGAGAGAGAGAGAGAGAGAGAGAGGCAGAGAGAGAGAGAGAGAGAGAGAGAGAGAGGAGUGUGUGAUCAACAGCAGAGGGUGACCAAGCUUUCAAGCUAGUAAGGGAGAGACACAGAGAGCAGAAGAGAGAAUGCUGACAGUGAGUGAGACAGACACUAGAGUAGAUAGAGGAUAGAGAGAGAGAGAGAGAGAGAGAGAGAGAGAGGAGGGAGAGAGAGAGUGUGUUGUGUGACUGAGUUGGAUGUUUGCAUCAGCUUUAGCAUUGCUGGCUGUUUCAAUGAUCAGACACACCGGUCCUCACUACAGCACGAAACCCACAGAGGGGAGGACUUCUGAGUGCAGGUCCGAGUGAUUUGUGAUCUUCUGCGUGAUGCUGUUCAGCCGAGAAUCUUGUCACCAUCCGGACCCCUCUUUCUCCCCAUCAGCCCAUGUGACCUAGUUUUGGCCCCUCAGGCCUGGGGGAGACCCCAUGAAUCCCAGCCUUCCCCCAAAAAAGCGCGAGUCCCGGCAAGGCUCGUCGGAACAGCGCCCCCCGGAGGACGAGUUCAAAUACCCGGCGCCGCUUCGACACCGGAGACACCACCAUUCCGAGAAUGAACCACGUGGCGACAAAGAACUCCUUCCACCACCUCCACCUCCUCCCCAAGCCCCACUUCCACACCUUCCGUUCUCCCUAUCAUGGCAGCUCCCCUAUCAUUCAUCACUUCACCAUCCAUACAUUUCUGGCCAGGUGAGAGAACGGCGUGGCUCAGGUUCACCUUCCUGGAGAGAUGGAUCAAGUGGACGAAGGUCAGAGGGUGAAACAGAACCUGCAAUCCCUCACCACUCUCGCUGGCUACGAGGGGAAAUCAAUUCUCUUGGUUUGUAUCCAUCCAUGCCGAUGCCUACAUACAAGGGCAGUUAUGCAGUUGAUUCCAGGGACAUGUGGUCCCAUUUUAACCCUACACGGCGAGACUAUGCCUCUUCUCUCUUUCCUUCAUCCUCCUCCUCACACCUUUUCCCACAAACAUCACUCUAUCACAACGAUUUUCUUUCAGAAAGCAGGCUCAGGUACUCAAGCAGGAGACCCAAUGGUCUUGAUGGACAUGGUAUUAGAUCUGAAUCCAGUGGAAGAGCGAAUGACUCUCAACCCAGAGUGAUUGGUUCCCACUCCAACGGAAGGAAGAGGAAUCAAGAAGAUCUGGUAGGGCGUGAUACAAGGAGGGUAUCACCAUCCCAAACGGGUCCUAACGCACAUUCCUUCCAUCACAAUACAGACAGGGACUCUCUGGCAAUUCUGAAACCUCCAACUCCCCACACGUACUCCUCUGAAACACGAAAGGCAAAACCUCCUAAUGAACCUUCUGCUGGAAGUGCCUCCCAGGCUGGAGCUCAGAUCUACUAUGCCCUGGGGUCUAUUUACUCCUCGGUUCACCACAACCCUCAGGCAUACCCCAGUUUUAAUCCCUCAGGUCCUCCUCCUUCCCCUCUGAGAAACUCCCAGCACUCCCCUCAUGGUCAGCAUAAUAACCAUGGGGUCCAUCAGGAGCGAGAACUUUCACCAGGAUCCUAUCGACCCUCUGUUUCAGUCCUCAGUGGUCCUCACCCACCAACAAGUGCAGUGCUACCUCAUUUUGCCAAGGGUUCCCUUAUUGAGUUGGCCGGCGGCCGUCUGAAAAGGGUGGAAGACUUACAGACAGAGGAUUUCCUGCACAGUGCUGACACCACACCCGAGUUCCACCUAAGUACCUGCACCAUCCUACUCAUCUCACCUGGACCCACUGAUGGCUUCAAUCAUCUGCAGGUUUUGCUUGCUGACCGCAACACUCAGGAAUUGCUCACGGUUUUGGAGGAGUAUCCGUUUUUCGUGCGGGAAAGAGGCUGGUCUUCAUGCAGUCCUCAAAGAAGCGCUGAUCUCUAUGGCCUCCAUUGCCGCCAGCUCAGUCCAGGAGACAUCUGCCUGGCUUUGACCCCAACACCAACCUCAUUGCCCCCGAUGACAACAACAACCCUUAAACCAAUACCCAACUCACUGACCCCAGUGGCCACCUUAGCCUCCUCAAUGACCUCAACGAUGACCUCAAUGACCCCAUCGUUGACCUCGUUACCCCCGCCGAUGAACUCAUCAAUCCUGAUGCCCACCUCGCUGCAACAACACUCAUGCGAUCGCAUUUCUGCAGGAACAGAGACCAGCACACAAAGAUUUGACAGAGCGGCUACGCGCCUUGCCCCUUUGCUUCUGUCUGAUUCCCGCCGAGAGAUCCAGGAUAAGCCACGCUCCCGAAAGAGGCGCUGGUCUGCCCCUGAGUUGCAUGAAGGAAAUAGGAGCUGCACAGAUUUACCUCAAGGGUGUAAACGAAUGAGACAGCAGUAAGUCCUCAUUUAGAGUCUGAGUUCAUGACCAAGAAGUGCUUUUAUUUCAUCACAUAUCAACAAUUAAUGCAUUAUUCCUCAGUGUAUUCUGAGUCAUUGUUUAACAAUGAGAAAGAUCCGGGUAUAUAUGAUCAAACAAUAAUCAUAUAAAAGCGUGCAAUCUGAGUGACAACGUUGGUCAUUUAACGUUUCAUAUUAUUAAAAAAGCUGAUUAUUUGGCACUAAACUUAAACACUUUCAAUUUUCAAAGACUGUGUUUCCCAUCUUAUGAUCUAAAUAGUUCCCUAGUCACUUGCUAUAAAGGUUAAAUGUAUUUUAAAUUGAUUCGACAACAUUGUUAAUGAUACUAUUUUCAAAUUGUCCUCAAAUGCAGUGUAUUGCGAUUGUAAUGUCAUUUCCAUUGACUGAAAUUCUAUGCAUCUUUAAUCAGUGUUAUAUAUACUAAACUAAUUCAUACCAGAGGAAUGUCUUUAAAAGGUGUUUUCUAACAGCAACUCGGAAAUCAUAACUUAACUUCAAAUCACAGCUUUUUGUUACACUAAUAACGCACAUGUUUGUAUUUAUGGAAAUCUAAAAUAUUUGCAAUAUACAUCUUACAAACCUCUUGGCAAUUUGUUGCGAAUUAAAAACAAAAAAAACACAGAGGUGCCCUGCGAUGGGUUGGCACUCCGUCCAGGGUGUAUCCUGCCUUGAUGCCCGAUGACGCCUGAGAUAGGCACAGGCUCCCCGUGACCCGAGAUAGUUCGGAUAAGCGGUAGAAGAUGAAUGAAUGAAUGAAAAACACAGAGACAUGCUGUUAGUAGAAAAUAACAAACUUCAGAAUAGCAGCAGAACUGCACUUCAUAACGCCGCUAUUAUGUUGAUUAAUAUUAUAUGUAUAACAAAUCGUGAUUUAUUGCUUAAAGAGUGAGAUUACAAUUUGAAGAACGUUUUCUUAAAUAUGAGUAUUUAUUCAAAGGAAAAGUUUGCACGCUGCAUGCAAUUUGGUGGCCAGCGAUGGCUUUGAAAGAAAAAAGUGGAAACCACUUGAAUUAUUUCUAGUAUUCAGAAAGAAAUAUUCAAAAAUUCUGAAAUUUAAAAUUUCAAUUUGAAAAUAAUACUGAAAUUAAAAUGAUUAGAAUUAAAUUCUCACUGUAGCAAAAAAAACAGUAUUUUUGAGUUAAAAAAAGCACAAACAAAAUAUUUUUUAAUUUAUUUUAUUCCUUUAGGCUAACAGGAUAACAGCUAAAACUGCACUGAGGUUAAUAAGUGAUGAAAUACAAACACAUCUUGGCAGAAACAUUUGCACAGAGAGUUCACGGAGUCAUGUGAGGACCUUAACACCAAACUGAUCAUUCGUGACCUCAUGGUUACUUCAGAAGAGCCAUAUGUGUUUUUGUGUUUAUUGGUUGAAACGGGUUCGGAAGAAAGGACAGAAGGGAAAAAAAACAGCAACAACAACAACAACGCAAUGCUAGUGAUGCACAGUCAGACUUUAUGUCUUUUGAGACAAUCAAACUCGCCUGUUGUUGACGCCACGUCUGUUUUCGGUGUACUUUUUUCUGCAGGGUAUAUCUUUUCAGUCAGUAUUAUAAGGAAAAUAAUAUUGAAUGGGAAAAAAUGACUAUAUAAUUAUAUGAAUAGUUCUAUAUUAUACAGGUGUUACAUAUGAAUAUGCUAUUAAAAAAAACGAUGACAAAUAUGAUGACUAACAUUAAUGGUUACGUUUUUUUUCGCAAUGCAGUUUUCUUUCACGCUUUUAAACCGAGCCUUGGCUCUCGAGGUGAAUGUAUACAGAUUUUAGCUUUGCAAUACGAGGUCCAAAUGCGAAUUCACCUCAGCAUUACGGUCCAAUGUGUGGGUAAAAAAACAAAAACGGAAAA